AUGGUGAAUUCGGACGAAACUAAACAUCUGCUUGAUCCGAUGGGUCAACCAAAUGUCGACAAUAAUAAAAAAAAUACGGCGAUUAAUCUUAGUCGUUCACGACCUUCAUGGUUGCAAAAAAUAUUGUUACAAUAUAAAGAUCACCCGUAUGAACAAGAUGGAAACAGCAAUAUCGAAACAGCAUCGAAAUCGUCUGUAAAUGCUAAGCACGCACAUGUAAAGGUUUUAGAACUUUAUCGAUUUGCCGAUCGGCAAGAUAAAUUAAUGUUGGCUAUUGGUCUCAUCAUGGUAUUGAUAAAUGGUAUCAAUUUCCCAUUAUUUUUAGUUAUAACGGCAAAAAUUUUGGGUGAGUUUUUUCAACAUGCAACUGGUUAUUGUCAUUUGGAUUUUGAUGUAUUGAAUAAACGUUGCCCAUUGGGUAUUGAAAUCGAUCAAUACAACUUUUUUAAAUAUCAAAAUAUUUGCCACAUUAAUAUUAAUGAAGUCAAUCACUUUCAAACAUGGCCUGAAGUCAAGCAAAAUGUUAAUAAGAAAAUUCUCGUCUUAUUUCUACUUGGGCUAUUACAGUUUUUUGUAAGUUUUACUGAAUUCAUGAUGUUUGAUAUAUCGGCUAAACGGCAAGCGUCACGCAUUCGAGCAAUCUUGUUUAGAAUAACCCUCUUCAAGAAUAUUCCUUAUUUCGAUAAGUAUCACAAAACCGGUGAAAUACAGACCAAAUUAAUUGAGUAA